AAAUUUAUUUAUUUUAAAUUGAAAGAAAAACAUAAAAAAGCGUUAGAUAUAUAAGAGAAAUGCAAGCUAUUAAAUGCGUAGUUGUAGGAGAUGGGUAAGUUUAAAAAACAGGGUCAAAAUACUUAUUUUCGAUGGAAAAUUUGGACUUUUUUAUUUUGAAGAAAAGUUGAAUAUAUGCGAAAAGCAAGGGGAAAUCCCCUUUAAAAGUGUUUUUAUGUUAAAGAGAGAAUAAAUAUCAGUUAUUUUUCCUUUUUUUUUGGGAAAAAACACUUAAAAACUAAGGCUAACGGAUUUUUUCCCUUUAGAGCAGUAGGAAAGACAUGUCUAUUAAUAAGCUAUACAACAAACACCUUUCCAAGAGAAUAUAUACCUACAGUAUUUGAUAAUUAUAUGGCAAAUGUAAUGGUUGAUGGAAAACCAAUUAGUUUAGGGCUUUGGGAUACAGCAGGACAAGAGGAUUAUGAUAGGUUACGUCCCCUUUCAUAUCCUCAAACGGAUGUUUUUAUUAUUUGUUUUUCACUUGUUAGUCCUUCAUCUUUUGAAAAUGUACGAACCAAGUGGUUUAUAGAAAUAUCUCACCAUGCACCUAAUAUUCCUAUAAUUCUAGUUGGAACUAAGCUAGAUCUUCGUAAUGAUUGUAUUGUCUUAGAGAAAUUGCGAGAAAAAAGAAUGGAACCUAUUACAUAUUCACAAGGGUUGCAAAUGGCAAAAGACAUAAAUUCAGUAAAAUAUUUAGAAUGCUCUGCACUUACACAAAAAGGAUUAAAGAAUGUGUUUGAUGAAGCAAUUCGCGCGGUACUUAUGCCUUCAGUUCAAAUUCAAAAGAAACAAAAAAAAUGUGUUAUUCUAUGAUUCAACUUGAAUAUAUUCAAUUUACAC